UACAUGAUGAUAUUAAUAUGCCACGUGGCAAGUCCUUUCGUCGCUCUGAGGCUGCUCGGAGGAGGGAGGCAGAGCGCGAGAAGGUUACCGUGGAACCUAAGUGGCCCAAUCGUGACUUUGUUCCUCGCCGUGGCACCGGUACACGCCAUCGUGUGAGGAAAUGGCCAGUUUCAGUCACGGGCCGCCAACACAAGCUGGUCAUCCCUGCUGAGUCUCCUGAUAAGAAGUUUGUUCUUAUUGUAGGAGCGUCCCAUCUGCGCUCCAUUGCAGACGGGAUUGUGCCGAUGCCAGAGGGAAUGCUUUCCUUUGGUGUCAUGUCCACACCGGGGGCCUGUGCGUCCGACCUGAGGACCGAGUUACGCAACGCUGUCGUACCUCGGACCCCGGACGCAGUCUGCAUCAUGGCCCCCAGCAACAACCUGACAGCCAGCCGGACCCCCCUUGAGGCAGGAGCUGACUUCCAGAAGCUCCUGUACAGUGCCCGCAGUCGUUGGCCCAAUGUCUUUGUGUUGGACUUUGUGCCACGUCUGACUGUUGAUCCUCAGCUACAAGAGUUCAUGCGUCAAGAGUUCCAUCGAGUGGCAGCAAGAAUGGGUAUCAAGUACUUCUCGUCUUCUGGCCACUUCCCUUUGAACAACUUGGACCUGUGGAGCCCAGAUGGUGUUCACUUGAGUGAUGGCGAAGGCAUGGUGGUCCUCACUCGUUUGCUGUGGGCUGCAGCUUACGAGUCACUGGAGGUGCCUGUACCGAAACCGCAGGCCGCUCCCAAGACAUCAUUGCCUGUUCGUCACGUCACUCCAAGGGUCGUUGUGAGGGGAGAGGUCAUCGUGCCUCGCCCCUCUAACCCUUACGAGUGGACGUCUGUGGAGAGGGGCAGGAAGAGGAACGUACCGGUACCUGAGGAACCUGCACAGUCCUCUGGUGCACCGAAAAAGAUGAAGGUUCAACAGCAGAUGAAAGAAAUUGUCUAA